CCGUCGUCUUUUCGGCAACCCAUUUGAAGAGCAGAGUAUUUCCCUCCUGUCCUCGCCCUUUUCGUGCUGUCUCUGAAAAACUAAAAUCAGUCAGUCUAGGGUUCUUACUCUUCAACCAGCUUACGUCUCCGACUACCAAUUAAAGAAGGUUUUCAACUGCAACCAUACAGUUUCAUUACGAAAAGCAUGGAGCAAAGGAAAUGUGAGGAAAGGGAACAAAAUGUCUUUGAUUGCAAGAGUCAAAAUAUUAUACCUGGGGUCGAGAAGUCAAGUACUUUGUCUCCUGGAUCUGUGCCAAGACCUGGAAUUGUUGGAACCCAGCAUUUGGAAACUGGAAUUGCAUCUCUUACACCAGAGAAGACAAAUAAGCCUUCACAUAUUAAGCAAAGAGAAGAAGUUGCCGAACUUCCAGAGAAAUACAGGACAAUAGCUGAGCUUUUUGAUCGUAUGACUUGUUCGUUGAGGCUGCUCAGUCUACGCAAAAAGUCGCCUACCUUUGGAAAUAUUUCUACUCAGGUGGAACUUCUGACAGGAAGAAAUUUCUCUUACAAGCAUCUCGCGCAGAUAAAAUAUAUACUUCCUGAAGCUGUAGAGACUGCUAAGAUCCUCAUAUAUGAUGAGAAAACUCUCUGCAUGAAGCCCGACAUAAAAAUUACCUUGCUAUUUGAUGUAGUUGACGGUCAUCAUGAAUUCUCUACUUUUAUGGCUCUGCACCGAGUGUUUGCUUCUAGGCUAUUGAUUUUCUCUAGAACACAUCCUGAGGGCUGUGAAAUCCCGGAGGCCAUAUUGCCAGAACUUUUUAACCAAAGAAGUGAUGCCAUCUCGAAAGUUGAAUUGCCUGUGGAUUCAUCAACGGAAUCUCAAUCAAUUUCCACUGAAACCGGGCUGUUGUUAAGCUCAUCCCAUCUAAAUCCGUCCUUCAGUAGACACUUCUCUCUGAAGGCUGUUGCUGUAGAAACAGAUAAGAGCCAGCUUGUAGCAUCUCCUGUCCCUCUUUCAUCUGUCACAUAUGACUGGUUGACUAAUCAAGAUAUGGGAAGUGGGAAACAGAAAAAGUCACCUGAUUUAUCUUUAUCUUCCAAAUCCACCCUCAUAUUGAACCCUCUCCAACUGACUUAUACUCAAUGCUGUGUUAGUUCCACUGCAAGUGAAAGCACUCCAAUGAAGCUUGCCUCAGAAGAUGAUAGUUUAGUGGUGGAAACACCAGCACAACUAACACCAAAGAGAUCAAUGCCCAGUUGUGAUGACAAGGUCAAGACCACUGCAGUUCAGAAAGGGACAGCGUGCCAUAUGUCUGCCAAGAGGUCUUUACAUUUUUCACUUCCUGAAGGUGAAGAAAGUGCUUCGAACCUCACCACUGAUGAGAUAGAGCAGUGCAAAAUACGCAAUACUAUCCCUCAAACAGUGAAAACAAAGGGGACCUUUGUGGAAGAGAAUAUUACCUGUUCUGCUACCCUUCUCCAAAAGGUAGAGGAGGAGAGCAAUGGUUGCACUUUUAAGGAUCACAAGAUGAAUCAAACUGGUUCGAUGUCACACCAGCAAAUGUCUGCUUGCUUGUCUGACCUUGUUGCUUUAAUUCAUAAUAUAUUUCAGUCUGUCAACUGCUCUUCAAUCACAAGAGAGGAGCUUAUGCACAAGAUUAUUAUGAAGAACUGUGAUAUUGUUGAAAGCAGAGAGGUUGAGGAACAAAUAGAGCUCCUUGAGAAGCUGGUUCCAGAUUGGAUUUGCAAGAAGUUGGCACCUAGUGGAGAUGUUCUGUACAAUAUCAAGAAAGUGUCUGAUUUGAACUCGAUUCGUGAAAGGCUCAUUAGCAUGUGAUGAAAUUGCUCAAGUGGGGUUAAACUUUUGGCAGGAAGAUUUGGUCGUUGAGUUUGCCUUGUAUGUGAUGCAUGAUGUAUUAUUCCAGUACUCUCUGUAUUUAAGUCUAUUUUCUCAGCAGUUUCCUCCCUUAACCUUAUGAUGGCUGUUAGAGACUACCUCUCCUGGAUUGACCAUCGACUGACCAAUCAUUUCUACAUUGAAUUCACUUGUACUGAGUUUGAAUGGUCACAUUCACUUAUGACUUUAUUUAUCUUCUUGAAGGAAGGCAUUUUUUUAAUUAAA